CCCCAGAAAAGGAAAUCAAAUCCCCCAUAUCAGACACCACCAAAUCCAUAAAUUCAAAUCCCUCAACAAUCCCUAAUUCUUCACUCUCUUUCUUCUUCUUCUUCCUUAUCUUCUUCUUUCCAUUUCUCCUCAUACAUCUCUCAACGCCAUGAAAGCAAUCUCUGAAACUCAAAGAUCUUUUAUGAGCAAAAAUUUGAGUCCAAUGCUUCGGCGGGAGUUUGCUAAUCUUGAUAAAGAUGCUGAUAGUCGCAGAUCUGCGAUGAAGGCAUUGAGAACUUAUGUGAAGGAAUUAGACUCCAAGGCUAUCCCUGUUUUUCUUGCUCAAGUUUCUGAAAACAAAGAAACUGGUGCUUUAAAUGGGGAAUGUACAAUUUCUCUUUAUGAAGUUCUAGCUCGUGUUCACGGUGUCAAUAUUGUGCCGCAGAUUGAUCGGAUUAUGACUUCCAUUAUCAAGACUUUGGCUUCAAGUGCUGGCUCUUUCCCUCUUCAACAAGCUUGCUCUAAAGUUGUUCCGGCGAUUGCGAGAUACGGGAUCGAUCCCACCACUCCUGAUGAUAAGAAGAAGCAUGUGAUUUAUUCUCUUUGUAAUCCGCUGUCGGAAUCUUUGUUGGGUUCUCAAGAGAGUCUCACUGCUGGUGCUGCCCUCUGCUUGAAGGCUCUGGUGGACUCGGAUAACUGGCGGUUUGCUUCCGAUGAGAUGGUUAAUAAGGUUUGCCAGAAUGUUGCUGGAGCUUUGGAGGAGAAAUCUACCCAAACGAAUUCACACAUGGGGCUUGUUAUGUCACUAGCUAAGCGGAAUCCUCGGAUUGUUGAACCGUAUGCUAGAUUGUUGCUACAGGCAGGGCUGCGAAUAUUGAAGUGUGGGGUUGUGGAGAAAAAUUCUCAGAAAAGACUGUCUGCCAUUCAAAUGAUUAACUUCUUGAUGAGAUGUCUUGAUCCUUGGAGUAUAUUUUCGGAGCUUCAGUCGAUAAUUGAGGAGAUGGAGAAUUGUCAGUCUGAUCAAAUGCCUUAUGUCAAAGGUGCAGCUUUUGAAACUUUGCAAACGGCUAAGAAAAUAUUGGCUGAUAAAGGGUCGAAAAUGGACAAAUCUCCAAGCUCGGUGACGGGAUCAAACUUCAUUGAUCAUAGGAGAAGAAGUCCAUGGAGGAAUGGUGGAAGCCGAACUCCCUCAUCAGAAUCUCCAGAAUCCCAGACCCUUGAUUCCUUCUUCGAUUACGGCUCGCUUGUAGGAUCACCUUUUUCAUCAAGACAAGCUUCACGUAACUCAGCAUUUGACCGUAGGAGUGUGAAUCGUAAACUUUGGAGUUAUGAGAAUGGUGGGGUUGAUAUAUCACUCAAGGAUGGCUUGUCUUUGUUCUCGGAAGUUACUCGUGGAACCGAUGUUUCCGACACCAUGUCUUUGCACUCUGGAAGUCACAAAUUUGGCCAUAAUGGUGAAGAAUAUGCAGAUGAUUUUUCAGGGUUUUUUCAAAUGAGUCCUCCUAGACGCAGACUUUCAAGAAGCACUACAACCAGCCCCCUUCGGUCUCGUAGUUACAUUAAAGUUGAAGAUAUGAUCUUCAAAACGCCUCGAAAGCUCGUCCAUUCCCUUCAGGAUCUAAACGAGACGAACUCCGACUAUGCUAGCGGAAGUAGCCGACGUAGGCAUAGGAGUUUGUCAUCAGGGAAUUUGGAGUGGAGUCCUCCAAGAGCAUUUCUAAAUCGUAAUGGUUCUGCUGAUGAACGGAAACUCAGCAAAGAGGAUGAAGACGGAUUAGACAUCGAUAACGGUGAGCAAUCACAAGGUAGUUCCGAAUCGAUCUCUUCAACCGAUGGUGUCCCUACCCAUGUUGAUGUCCAAGCUAUGCCUGUGGCAGUGACUUGUCAAAGUAAAAUCAAACCUCAAUAUUAUGGCAUGGAGAUGGCAUAUAAGAAGACUGCUUUGAAAUUGGUAUGUGGCUUUUCAUUUUUGCUUUUUACAAUAUUCACUUCAUUGCUAUGGAUUGAUGAUCAUGACCAAGGUUCCUAUCUUGUACCAACAUAAUGUUCUUGUUGUGCUUCAACUAAAAUAGGGUUAAAAGUGUUUGUUGUAAGUUUGUUGAGUUCAAAUGUUGUGUGUCAAGUAGCAAGAAAGGCAUAUAGAAGUUAGAAGGAAAAAGCAAAUGGAUUAGAUUAGAUGGAUUUGGACAAUGACUCAAUGUAAGAAUCCCAAUGUGGCCAAUGAAGUUCUUGACCACAAUAGGUAUCUUUUUUACCUUUGCAAAUUAUAGAAUAUGAUUGCUUUCUA